UUCCGGGGAGCAGCUGAAUGAGUUCGGAAUGCCUUGCUUCUGAAAACUCGUAUAAAAUACCAAAGUUUUAAAUGUUCGCCAGAUUCCUAUGCAGACCCAUUAAAAACAUGCAUUCCAAUUCAAAAUGACGUUGUUUUUGCUCUCUCGUGCCUUCCGAACCCGUAGGUUUUUGAAUCCCUCUUCCUCCUCAAUCUCUUCUUCCUUUCAUUACGCUCCAAACCCUAACCCUAGCCCUCUCCACAUUUCUCCUCCUAUUCCGGUUUUCCUAUGGCCUAAGCAAUUCUACUACGGUCGCCGGAAAUUGAUCGUCGAAUUUGGCGCCGUUUCCGUCCGCCACAUUUCGACAUCGUCGUCGUCUUCUACGCCGGUGAAGAACGACGAGAAUGGCGGCGGUGGCGGCGAGGUGAAAGUGAAUGAUGUGUCGUGGAUAAACUUGUAUUUGCCGAAGCAUAUUCAGCCGUACGCUCGGCUUGCUCGCCUUGACAAGCCUAUCGGAACCUGGUUGCUCGCUUGGCCUUGUAUGUG